AUGAAGCCCACCCUCUCUGUGUGUUUGUUACUGACUGGACUUCAAGCAAUCAGUCAUUGUCAUCGUCAGCCUGAUCACCGCAAUGACUGGGGUGGUCAUAAAGAUGCAUCCACCAGGGAACACAAUUGCCCCGUUGAAGGAGUUUAUACAUGCGAAAGCAAGACCUACUUCAAACUGGCCCCCAGCAAUAUUGACUUCGCAUUUAGAUUUUACAAGCAAGUUAUAUCAGAGGCAGCUGACAAAAAUAUUUUCUUCUCUCCCAUAAGCAUCUCUACUGCCUUUUCAAUGCUGGCACUUGGGGCUAAAUCAGCUACUCUGAAUCAGAUUCACAAAGGACUUACCUUUGACCUGAACAAGACUCAGGAAAAGGAGAUACAUGAAGGCUUUUGCCAUCUCAUCUGUGCGCUAAACCGUCCAGACAGGGAGAUCCAGCUGAAUAUGGGCAAUGCCCUUUUCCUAGAAGAGAGACUGAAACCACUAAAAAGGUUUUUAGAAGAUGUUAAAAACUUUUAUAAAUCAGAAGUUUUUUCUAGUGACUUUAACAAUUCUACCAAUGCUGUGAAACAGAUCAAUAAUUACAUUGAGAAGAAAACCCAUGGGAAAAUUGUUGAUUUAGUCCAGGAUCUUGAUCCACUCACUGUAAUGAUUCUUAUUAACUACGUUUUCUUUAAAGCCCAUUGGGAAGAGCCCUUUAAUUAUUUAUACACAAAAGAAGAGGAUUUUUUUGUGGAUGGGAAAACCUCUGUUAAAGUUAAUAUGAUGUACCGCAAGGGCAGUUACAAACAUCACUAUGAUAAGGAGCUGUCCUGCUGGCUGGUGCAAAUACCUUAUAGUGGAAAUGCUGUAGCAUUGUUUAUUCUGCCUGAUGAAGAAAAAAUGAAGGAGGUGGAAAAAGCUCUCUUGAAAAAAACUUUGUCUAAAUGGAGAAAGGCCUUCAAAGAAAGAACAAUAUAUCUGCACAUUCCAAAAUUUUCUAUUUCUGGUACCUAUGACAUAAAAGAGGUAUUCCAGAAAAUGGGUGUGAUCGAUGUGUUCACUGACCAAGCUGAUCUGUCUGGAAUCACUGGAAAGUCUGAACUAAAGGUUUCAAAAGUCAUUCACAAGGCUGUAUUGAACAUUCAUGAGAAUGGCACUGAGGCUGCAGGAGUCUCUGUCGUGGAAAUUUCAUGGAGGUCUGGUCAAAUUUCUGCUCCUCCUCGAAUUAAAUUCAACAGGCCCUUCUUGGUUAUGAUUUUUGAUAGGCAUACCCGCAGCAUCCUCUUCUUGGGGAAAAUCAUAAACCCUAGUGGAAAAUAA